AUGCACGAAGUGGUCAGGACUGACGCACGCUGGGCCCGCUUCCUGGCCGCGACCACCCCCUUUGUGGCCUACAACCUGCUGCUGGGAUCCAGGGUGGGCAAGGACACGGUGGUGCUCACCUGCCGGGACGCCGCCGAGCGCCUCAGCGCCGGCCUGGUCAAGCUGGUGCGGCCUGGAGAGGAGGAUCCCUCCCCUGCAGCCCCCGUGCCCCCGCCCACCGAUGACGAGCGGGCCAGGGCCAGGUUCCGCGAACUCAUGGAGAGGGACAGCGGACCGUCGGCCGCCGCCCAGCCUCCGCUCCCGCCAGGGGGGGGGACCCGGGGCUGCUGCUCACCCCCCGCCUCGGCGGCGGCGCUGCCCGACGGCAGCGUGCUGGAGGAGGUGCCCAUGCACGUCGCCGAGGACGCACCCUCCCCGCAGUCCGCGGAAGUGGCGGCCGACAUGGACCUCAGCUCCCUGCUCCCGCCACCCUCCCCCCUCGGGCUGGUGCGGCGCGGCCUGGGCCUGCUGGCCUGCGGUACCGUCUCGCUGGGCAACGGCCUGGCGCGGUAUGUGGCGCAGGACGGGUCGCCCGCCGCGCUGGCGGAGGGCGUGGCCGCGCGGGCAGGAGGCAUGGUCCUCCCCGUCACCAGCAUCGGCAGCGCAGAGGAUGUCGAUGCGAGCUUGAACGAGGCGGUGGCGGGGAAGGGCAUCAUCCUGUAUGGCAGCUGGGACCUGCCCGUCUCCUCGGUGCACGUGGGCGUGGACGACGUGCUGCGCUUCCUGCCGCCGCCCCCGGUUAAUGAUGGCGUCGAGGAGGUGGGCGCGGGGGGGCCAGGCGCGGACCCACCCUCGGACGCCAUGCCCUGA